AUGCCACCUGAUAUGCCAUCAAUGAACUCCUCCAUGGAUCACUCGAUGACCCCCGCAAUGAACACCUCAAUGACUCCGUCAAUGAACCCAUCGAUGGACCCCUCGGUGGAUCGCUUGAUGAACCCUCCAACGAACCCCUCGAUGAACCUCCCAAUGGACCAUGGCAGUACCGACCCUUAUCAGCUCUCAACAGAGCCCAUGAUCAUAAGUCAACAGGCUCCCAAUCACGUAUCAGUGCCUACAAAUGACCAUGAUGGUGGGUUUCUCCAUGACUUCCUGCAGAGUAUUAUUGGCGGUGACCCCUUCCCUCGGGAGAUCGCGCCAGGAGAGCACGUUUCAGGGACCUGGACCCCACGAAAUGUCUUCGAUUUUGGUGCGAAUACCGACCUUGAGUUGAAUGAUCUCGAUCUCAACUUCUUGGAUGGCUAUAAUCACGAGAUACCAUUUACUUCAUUUGUGGAGACCCCUGAGACCAACCGAUCUGUACCUGGGUCUGCCAGCGAGCCACCAUCCGCUCUUGGUGUUGAAUCACUUCAGAAAUCUUCUACGUGGCGUUUCCGUCCAGUGACCCAGGAUCGUGGCAUGGGCGACCAACAAAACAUCUCUCUCCCCAGUGGCGAGACCAGCAAGCGACUACCGGUGCAACGCAGAGUAACAUCCGAGAUGCUAUCAUACACGAUGCGGGAUCGUAUCAUGGCGCUUUUCAUGUCUUCUUCAAAUGAAGAGACGCUUCAGAAGACCAUGCAAUCAUUCCCGUCGCUUGAGCUUCUGGAUAGCCUGUUGCAGUACUUCCUAUCAUCUAAGACUGCGAUAUCAAACAGGAUGAUGCAUCUCCCAACGUUUCGUCCAAACAACGCAAGGCCAGAGCUGAUAGCAGCAAUGGUUGUUGGUGGAGCAACUCUGGCCCCAGACGUUAGUUUGAGGAAGAUGGGGUUUGCGCUGAUGGAAGUCAUCCGUGUUGGAGUUCCCCAGAACAUUGAGAGAGACAACACACUCAUUGGUGAUAUCGAGUGCGUCACAUCACUCUGCAUCGGAUUGAGCGCCGGCUUGUGGAGUGGUAAUUCACGCAAGAUGGAAAUCGCGGAGAGCUUCCUGCAACCAUACCUUACCAUGUGCCGACGUCGAGGCUGGUUCCGCAGGUCCGCCUAUGAAACCAUAGUCCCGUAUCCUACAGAUGUGGGAAAGGCUCUUGAAGACAAGUGGCAUGCCUGGGCUAAGCAAGAAAUGCGCAAGAGACUAGUCUUCUAUCUUCUGGAGUACGAUACCCGUCAGUCGAUCGCGCUCUUCACCAAUCCACUUAUUUCUUAUGCGGAGCUCGGACUACCUCUGCCAGAAGCAGAGAGCCUGUGGCUCGCAGCGACAGCUGAGAAGUGGAAGCAGACGUACUUAAAUUUGAAUCAGCACAAACAAAGAGAGCCUUCGCUCACUGAUCUUUUGCAGGAUGUUGAGCUUCUCGGGGAGGGACACGAUAUGUUUGACGAGACAACAGCGAGUCAGGCCCUGCUCGGCGCUGCAUGGCGACUGAUUUGGGAGUACCGGCAAAUGUGCUCUAUCAGCAGAGGUCACGCUAGCUCUUGGAGCAAUUCAAAAUUGCUUCUGUCAUCGCGUCUGACUGAGUUGACAAAGCUGCUCGAUUGCGUGAAGAUGAGCUCUCAUACCAAUACCGCCAUGACUCUUUCCCUGGAGCUGCUGCACAUGCAUCUACAUAUCUCUCUUGAAGAGAUGCACCUCUUCGCUGGCGCAGAAGGUCAUUCGGAAGCAAGAAGGGUGUACCCCUUGCUGCAGGACUGGGCCAAGUCAUCAAGUGCUCGCCAAGGCGUCUAUCACGCCGCUCAGAUCGUGGCGGCGGCAAGAAAGAUACCCACUGGAUGUCUGCGCGACUUCCACGCGAUUGUGCUGUAUCAGGCCGGCCUCGCGUUGUGGUCGUACGGCGUGAUCUCGAAUUCUGCGCUAACAGAAUCUGCUCUCGACUCCAUGAGCAAUACAUCAUCUGUAAGACGUGGCGAGAGUAUCGUGAUGCUGGACGAGGCCGACAAUGGUGCGCAAAGGUUUAUCAACUUGAACAAAGGACAGGCUGCCAUCAAGAAAGCUGUUGGUGACCCCAGCGCUUCGCAUGUGCUAUUAUCAGAUCCUGCUGCGGUAAUGGGUGUGCUUAUGGACGUGUUCAGGAUGAACGGGAGGCCGUCGAGGUCAGCGCCGCCACUGGUCGAGAAUCUGCUCGAACUCAUGGAAGGGCUGCGACUCGCAGUUAUGGAGCCUAGCAGCAGUUGA